AUGCCAUUGCCAGUACUCAACUUAGAUACAUCUUCCUGGUCUAUACCAACACCAAUUCAACAGUCACUAGCUGAUCAACAAUUUCAUUCAACGUCCAAUAUUGACCUACAACUUAGGAAUGAAAUAUUCUUUGAAGUUUUAUUAAGUGAAAAGAUUGCAUUACAAGGAGGCUCACCAUGGUUAUGCAAAACAUUACUAGGCUGGAUUGUAGCCGGAAGGACAAAGGGCCAACCAUUAAAAAAUAAUAAAAACCUAAACGUCAUAUCUCAUGUUUACUUAGUGUUACAGGGUGGAUGUCAUCACAUUAAUCGCCCACCAGAACUAAUACAAAUGAAGCAUGUGAAAGAAUGUUCAAAGAUACACAUAAGCGUGUAG